AUGUCAAAGGAUUGGAGUGCUGUUUUUGAACGUAGCAUCAACACACUUUUUCUCACUGAGCUUGUUCGAGGUUUAAUGCUGACGCUGAAGUACUUCUUUGAUAAAAAUGUUACAAUCAAUUAUCCAUUUGAGAAAGGCCCUCUUAGCCCUCGUUUCCGUGGUGAGCAUGCACUUAGACGAUAUCCAACAGGAGAGGAACGUUGCAUUGCUUGCAAACUUUGUGAAGCUAUCUGUCCCGCACAAGCAAUAACAAUUGAGGCUGAGGAGCGUGAAGAUGGAAGCCGCAGGACAACUCGGUAUGAUAUUGACAUGACCAAGUGCAUCUAUUGUGGAUUUUGUCAAGAGGCAUGCCCAGUUGAUGCCAUUGUUGAAGGGCCAAACUUUGAAUUUUCUACCGAGACUCACGAGGAGCUUCUAUAUGACAAAGAGAAACUGCUUGAAAAUGGGGAUAGAUGGGAAACAGAAAUUGCAGAGAACCUGAGAUCUGAAAGCCUUUAUCGCUGA